AUGGGAAAUACUCCAAGCACUGCCGUCCAGCAAUGCCUCACCAACGCCCUCGGUGGUAACCAGGCCUUGCUCGCCCACAAAGACACCCCUCUCUAUCAGCUCGCCCACGUCAAGCCCUACAAUCUCGACAUCCCCAUUACACCCGCCGCAGUCACCUACCCGCAAACGGCGGAGCAGGUCGCUGCCAUUGUCAAGUGUGCGAAUGAUUUCAGCCUCAAGGUCCAGCCGCGAUCCGGCGGCCACUCGUACGCAAACUAUGGCAUCGGCGGCACAGACGGCGCCAUCGUGGUCGACCUGAAGAACUUCCAGCAAUUCUCAAUCGACAAGUCCACGUGGAAAGCCACCAUCGGCGGCGGCACACUCCUCGGCGACGUCACCAAACGCCUGCACGACAACGGCAACCGCGCCAUGGCCCACGGAACCUGCCCGCAGGUCGGAAUCGGCGGGCACGCAACGAUUGGCGGCCUGGGACCCACGAGCCGGAUGUGGGGGAGUGCUUUGGACCACGUCGAAGAGGUGCAAGUCGUGCUCGCCAACUCGACCAUUGUGCGCGCCUCGCAGACGGACAAUCCAGACGUCUUCUUCGCGCUGAAGGGUGCGGGCGCGAGUUUCGGCAUCAUCACCGAGUUCACGGUGCGCACGCAGGCGGAACCAGCGGAGUCGGUCCUCUACUCGUACAGCAUCCAGGUCGGGGCCGAUGCGAGGCGGAAAGCCGCGGCCUUUAAGAAGUGGCAGGCCCUCAUCGCGGACCCGACCCUGUCGCGGAAAUUCGCGAGCCAGUUCGUGCUCUCCGAGCUGGGCGUCAUCAUCACGGGGACGUAUUUCGGGCCGCAGAAGGAGUUCGAGGCGCUUAACAUCACGGCUCGGCUGCCGCACAACGAUGAAUCGGUCAUCGUUCUGAAGGACUGGCUGGGCGUCGUGAGCCACUGGGCCGAGGACGUGGCGCUCGAGAUCACAGGCGGUAUCCCGUCCAACUUCUACGCCAAAUCGCUGGCCUACACAAAGGACGAUUUGAUCCCCGACGCCGCCGUCGACAAGCUCUUCGACUACAUCGACGGCACCGACAAGGGCACGCCCGUCUGGUUCGUCAUCUGGGACCUCGAGGGCGGCGCCACCAACGACGUCCCCCCCGACGCGACCGCCUACGGCCAUCGAGACGCAUUGUUCUACCACCAAGCGUACGCCGUCAAUCUCUUCGGCAGGGUCAAUGACAAGAUCAGGGAUUUCCUCACGGGGUUCAAUCAGAUUGUGACGGAUGCGCUGCCGGGGCAUGAGUUUGGCGCGUAUGCGGGCUAUGUCGAUCCGGCGCUGGGGCAGGCGGGCGCGUCGGCGUACUGGAGGGGGAAUCUGCCGCGGUUGCAGCGGAUCAAGGCGGCGGUGGAUCCGAAGGAUGUGUUUCAUAACCCGCAGAGUGUGAGGUUGGUCAAGUAG